CGAGGCUGGUGCAUGCGCGCAUGAGACAAGUGGUGGCAUUUUGUUGAAAAGUGACGCGAGCGUGGAGUUGGAGAUAGGGAUGUUCAGCCAUUCCUCUCCAGUAAAAUUGAUAUAGACACUUGGUGUAGAUUCUGCUGCUGAAUUUCCCAGUAAAAUUGCAGAUGUAAAAAUCCAGUGCUACCAACACCUUAACUCAUCGAAGAAAAAUGGACUAAAGGGGUCAAGAGGAAAAAGAAUGACAUAGUCUAUUGUAUAAGCAUAUUUAAAAUCUUGGUCAGAAAGGAAUCUGUGGCGCACAAAUAUUUGCACAGGAAACUCACCCGUUACCAAUGCAAUUUAUGCAAAUUCAAUUCAUUGACAGUGCAAGCCUGUAUUCUUGCCUGUAAAGUUUUGGACUUGAUGAAAUGGUAUAAUGAAAAAACACAAUAAUACUGCACUGGACUGGACAAUAUGAUAUCAGAUGCCAUAACAGAAACUGAGGCCCAAAGCCAUGGCUAUACAACAAAUUAUAAGUGUGAUGAGCAUCUCUUGAAGCAGAUAGCAAUUCAUUCAUUUGUGGACACUAAAAUUGUUUCGAAAAUGGAAAAACCAGGUUCAUUGAUUCAAGUUAUUGAAAAAUUGAGCAAGAUAGUGGAGAAGGGAGGAUCAAAGCAGUGUUCUUUGACUGGUCAAAAGAGGUCUUAUAUUAGUACUUCUGAUACAAACAGUGCAAUAAUUGAGCAGACAGACAGCUUUGAGAGCACAGCCAAAAAAGUUAUUAACCAGGAAAAGGAUAACAUCUCAAUUAGGCAAACUUAUUUUAAAACAGAAGAUCUGCCUCAGAGUUGUAAUGGCCUUGAUCUGAGCACCCUUGAUUCUGCAGAUAAAUCAAAAGCUUCAAAGAGCUUCUGUUGUACCCUGUGUAACUUUGUAACUGUUGUGCCAUCUGUAUAUUAUAUACAUAUACGUAGCCAUAACAACAUUGAAAGCUACUCAUGUGAUCAGUGCAACUUUGCAACUACAGAUUCUAAAGACUUUGUGGCGCACAAAUAUUUGCACAGGAAACUCACCCGUUACCAAUGCAAUUUAUGCAAAUUCAAUUCAUUGACUUUUUCACAGUUAAAAGAGCACUUUGAACUACAUGGAAAAUCAGGUGAAGUGGUAUUGAUGUGCUCUGUGUGUUGUUUUGUUUCCAAACAACAAGAGGAACUUGAAGCUCAUAUGUGGAUGCACCUUGAGGAUGCCCAGAUACAAAGAAAGCAGCAAUUAAGGCCAAAUGCCAUAGAUAGUGUGGACAGCAACAAUGCAAAAUCAAGAAAUAUUGGUUUUGACACUGAACCAGGCCCAAGAAAGUGGUACACUUAUGACCAGUAUGGCAUGUAUAGAUGUUUGAUUUGCAGUUAUGCUUGUGACCGUCAGAGGAUGUUAAAAACCCAUGCAUGGAAACAUGCUGGUGAAGUAGAUUGUUCUUAUCCAAUUUUUGAGGAAUGUGAGACAGCUACCUCAGUAGUUCCUUCCACAGGUCUCACAGCUCCUGAGGAUGAAUCAAUAAUUGUUUUCUCACCAGCUAUCAAAUCAGAAAGUGUACACUGUGUUGGAUCAAAUCCACUGCAGUUUUGUACUCCUCCCUCAAUCAAUCUAAUGGACACAGUGGACUGCAAAGCUUCACUGUCUGACACUGCUGUAAAAAAUUCAGGCCUUACCCAGUCAAAGGCACCUGCUGAUACUGUAGUAGAAAUUGUUGAGGAGGGACCUCUGUUGCUUGAUUGUGAGCAAGAAAGUAUAGUCUCUGAUAGCCUUCUUUCCUCUGCACAGAAGAUCAUCAAUUGCAAUUCUAACAAGGCAGGACAUGUCAAUGUCAUUGUAGAGCGUGUCCCAGGAGCUGGGGAGAGUGUUCCAGAAAAGCACUUUCUGAUGACACCAGAUAUUGAAGCUGAAAAGAGGCUUAUCUCUGAAAAAUCUCACAUGAUCUAUUGUGAGGAUUCUUCAGAUUUAUAUCAACAAGCUACCAAUGCAGCUGAACUGGAAACAGCUGUUUUAAGAUGGAAUCCAGAAGAAAGUAAUGAUACUUUAAAAUCUACUGAACCUGCAGCAGUUGAUGAAAAUGUACCCCCAUCUAGAAGGAGAACCAAUUCUGAAUCUUUGAGGCUUCAUUCAUUGGCCGCUGAAGCUCUUGUUGCAAUGCCAAUGAGAGCACCAGAAUUUACUCGAGCAAGUGUCAAAAAUCCUGAGUCUGAUGCAGAACAAAGAAGCAUGGAAGUCAAUUCUUCAGUUCCUCAACCUCACAAUUACUCUGAUGAUCAUACUAGUAAUAACUUGCAACUUGAUGAGACUAAGUCGGGUUUUUCUGAAGUACCAAUCAGAAUGGGCAUCAGCAUGUCACUACUCACUGUGAUUGAAAAACUGAGAGAAAGAACAGACCAAAAUGCUUCUGAUGAAGAUAUCCUAAAAGAGUUGCAGGAUAAUGCACAGUGCCAACCUUCAAGUGACCUGAGUUCACCAGGCAACUUAGUGGAGUAUAUACCAAACACAGAACGGCCUUACCGUUGUCGCUUGUGUCAUUACAGCAGUGGCAAUAAGGGUUACAUCAAACAGCAUUUAAGAGUUCAUCGGCAAAGGCAGCCUUACCAGUGUCCAAUCUGUGAUCACAUAGCCACUGAUAGUAAUAAUCUGGAGAGUCAUAUGAUAAACCAUUGCAAGACUCGGAUGUAUCACUGCAAAAGAUGCAAUGCAGCAUUUUAUUAUAAGAGUCAAUUGCGGAAUCACGAACGUGAACAACAUAGUCUUUCUGACAUUUCCUCAACAAAUGAUGAAAACGCUGACUUUAGUAGAGAACAAAAAACAGGAAACACACAAGAAGAAUUACAUUCACCUCAGAAAUUGUAUAAGUGCGAUAUGUGUGACUACACAAGUUCAACGUAUGUUGGUGUGCGAAACCACAGAAGAAUCCACAACACAGAUAAGCCCUACAGAUGCAGCAGCUGUGAUUUUGCAACAACAAAUAUAAACAGCUUGAAGUGUCAUAUGAAGCGUCAUCCACAGGAGCAGCAGACCAUUCAGCUGCUGGAACAGUACAAGUGUUCUCUUUGUGGCUAUGAGUGUAGCCAUCCACCCUCAUUGAAGUCACAUAUGUGGAAACAUGCAAGUGACCAAAAUUAUAACUAUGAGCAAGUGAAUAAGGCCAUUAAUGAAGCUAUUUCUCAAAGCAGCAGGUCUCAGGAGCCCCAAAGAAAACUUUCAGCUGAAGAAGUUGAAGAAAUAUCACCACCACCAUCCAUUCAUCCUCCGAUCAAUUCUGAUAAACUUGUGACAGCUCCAGAAACUGGUGAAACCAGGAGCCCUGAAAAAUAUCAGAAGUUAAAUUCAGAUGUAAAUGUGAACAAUUCAGCAGGGAAAAGUGAAAGUCAGACUCGUUCUGGCACAGAGUACUGUGUCUUACUAUUCUGUUGCUGUAUCUGUGGAUUUGAAUCCACCAGUAAAGAGCUGUUGAUGGAUCAUAUGAAGGAACACGAAGGCGAGAUUAUCAACAUCAUCCUUAACAAGGACCACUGUUCUCAGUCGGAGUAGGGCAGAUUGAACUAAAAAACUUGGAAAAUCUACAUUUUAUUCUUUGUAGAUGAAGGCAUAAAGUAAGCUUGUUUUAGUGUGUACAGAAAGUGAACGUUAACAUUUCAAAGAAUGAUUUUUGUCAUUUUUAAACUGUUGUCAGCAUUGCAGUUUUCACACUCACAAAAGUAGUGCAAGUAAUUAUUAAUAACCUAAAAGCAAGCAAAAUACUCAAGGAUCAUUUUAAUGUUUCAAUUUCUCUCCACUUCUCCACCUCAUGUUCUUAAUACUGACAUUUUUGAUACAGAUUGUACUUCUGUAUUUAUUUAACUUUUUUAAAAUAUUUAUGCAUGUAGUUUUAGCUGUAGCGAAGAGUGAGUUGUUAUAAGGCAGUCAAGUUGUAUUUACAAUGCACUUUGGUCAUGGUGCUAUUUUAUAAUUGUAUCAUUGAACAGAUCUUUUAAGAGCAACAGUAGGGGAGGGAGAUGUUGAUGAAAUCUUUCUCCUUGUUAGUAGCAAUAUAAAUAUGGAUGGAAUAAAGGUUUUAUUUAAAGAUUUGCUUAUUUAUGUCUACCCAGGGAACUAUUCUUGUCUAAGUCAAUACAGGGUUUUACUACCAGAUUACAGCAUACAGCUCAUAGACUUCACAGUUCACUGUGAAUAGAAGGGUGGCGGGAUAAAAUUUUCAUCUGUGUAAUUUGUCUUUUAAUACCAUUUUUGUACAUCUUUGAAAUGGAAGUCAUGCUUUCAUCUACUUGCUUUUUUCUCUCAAAUACAUUUUACUGCAGACAAAUUACCUUUGAAAUUCCAUACUGACUUAUUUCAAAGGGAUUGAAAGAUCAUCUUUGGUUCAGCCAUAAAAUACACAUGACAUUUUAAAAGAAGCUGUUUUAGGAAUUGGUAUUUGCUAACUUAUUGUAUUUAGUUCAGACCAGUAUUUAAUGUUUGGUUACAUUCAUGAAGCUUAAGUGCUUCAAUCUGAAAAUAUUGAGAUCUAUAUGAAAAGUGAGUUUCAGGGUCUGCAUAUUGGUAUGUUUUUUUAUCAUGAGUAAAAGUUAAAAGUAAUCUUAAAAUGAUUAAUAUUUAUAGAACCAUUACCUCCUCAGAAAUUUGUCCUAGGCUUCUGUUGUCACAAUAGUUUCUGGCAACAAAGAAUUUCCAUUAAUAUUAUAAAGAAAAUUAACAUUUGAUUUGUAAUGAGUCCGUGAGAAGUUGCAAUGUUUGAUUUUACUGUUUAAAGUAAUGAUGGCCUUCAUUUUGUAAAAAAUAUUGCACUGAAUCCUAAGAGCUGUUAUUCAACUUAAGGCUAAUGAAAUAGUCCAUUUGAGACAGGAAUGCACCUAAAAUUUGGAACUGCAGGUAUAACAACUUGAAAUUUAUGGUGGAUUUACAUUCAACAGUUAAAAGAAAAAUUUGCUGUCAAUUUAUAAGCUAUGUUUUACUUUACAUGCAGUUACUGUGAUUAAAUAAUCAUUAUGUUCUGAUGGUUU